GACUCUCCCUCUGGCCAUGGCGCAGGACAUGCCUAUUGCAAGCCCUGUAUGGGACACGCUCUCUGCAGAGGACCACCAACGCAUUCGACGGCUGUAUACGGUGCGCGAUGCGGCAACACCACCGGUGCAGUCCAACUUUCGGGUGGCAGCUGUCUUUGCCUUUACCGACACCGACGGCCAGCCGCAGCUCCUCGACGGGACCAACAACGAGACGUGCUACAUCCAUGGCUCCAUCUGCGCAGAACGGUCGACGCUCCCGCGCAUUCGUCAGAUGGGCUACAACUCCAUCGAUGCCGGCUACAUCACCUGCGACGGCAAAGGGUACAUCACCCCCGGCAUGCUCUGCCGCGAAUACAUGACAGAGGUCGCCGGCCUCGAUCUGCGCCUUGUCCUCGUCUCGGGCGCCACCGUGCCGAGCCCCGAAGGGCCGGUCCCUUGCGAGAUCAACAUCACCACCGUUGGUGAGCUCUAUCCCUUCCCGCCGGUAUACCGCUGCAUCUCGCGCUACGAGGUUCUCAAUGCCGCCGAGGCGCUCUCCGCCGCCGUUGCUCCGUGGUGGGCCGGCUCGCUCUCGGUCGACUCGGACGACUCGGACGACGACGACGGGAGUGACGCUCAGGGCAUUGAGGCUCGCCUUGGGUCAGUGGCCGCCGCCUCGGGCGUCGCCACCUCGGAUGUCUACCGCAUGCUCAAGGCCAUCCACGCCGAGACCGCGCGCGACAACCGCGACAUCCUGCAUCCUAUCCGCUACGCCGCCGGCGCGCUCUUUGACGACGGCAGCAUAGUCACCGGAUGCGAGACGAAGGCGCUCGAGUACGGCGCGACCAUCAACCCGGUCAUCAAGAUUGCCAAGGCGCUCGAAGACGCUCACGACGCCGGCCGCAAGGUCCUCCUCUUGGCUGUCAUGGAUCAGUACGGCGUCCUGCACGGCCCGUUUGCCGACUCGCGCGCCUUUCUCCACGAGGGCCCGUGGGGCGCCGUUCCGGUUGUUGUCCACAACUCGGAGGGCGACGGCGCGUUGGUUGUCACUGCCGCCUCGGACCUCAUCCCCGACUCUCCCCGCAUAGAAGAGCUGUUUGCCAACGUCGACGAGGCCCGCGCCAGGGCUGAUGCCACCUCGCCAGCCACCUCGCCCGACGGCAAGGUCCACAAGCCCAAGACGAGCCAUCGUCCCGGCUCGCGGACCACCACUCUGCACAAUAUCCUGGCGUAGCCCUUGCAUUGAACGG